UACUUCCAGGAGCAGGUGAGUCAAUUCAUUCUUGCAGGUACAACCGUUGUUGAUGCUUCCACACAGCUGAGGAGCAGCUGAACUCCCGAGCACCUCACCACUGCUGCGGCCACACUCAGUUAAGACUUCGCAGGAUGAGCAAACAGUAUUCGUCUGUGAGUCCCACAGACAACGCGGUCCUGAGCGUGAUCACGGAACCAGAAUACAAGCCCAAGAAACGACGCUACGUACGCAAAGACGGCAGCUGCCACAUCCUCUUCCGACACGUCCCGGAGGAGUGGCUUCUCUACGUGACGGACAUCUUCACCACCUUGGUGGAGAUCCGAUGGAGAGUCAUGUUUCUCACCUUCGCCCUCUCCUACAUCCUGUCCUGGCUCUUCUUUGGCAUCUUGUACUGGAUCAUAGCGUUGGCCAAUGGGGAUAUAAAAGACCCCACAAAUGACCCUUGUGUGUAUGAGGUGCGCAGCUUCACUGCCGCCUUCCUGUUCUCUCUAGAGACCCAGACCACCAUUGGCUACGGGUUCAGAGGCAUGUCGGAGAACUGCAUGGUGGCCAUUAUCCUUGUCACUGUGCAAGAUGUCAUCAGCUGCUUCAUCGACACCUUCGUCAUCGGCAUCGCCGUCGCCAAGAUGGCGUCUGCCCGGAAGAGGGCCCAGACGGUGGGUUUCAGCAACACCGCUGUCAUCAACCUCCGGGACGGCUUCCUGUGUCUCUGCUGGCGAAUCGGAGACUUCCGCAGGCACCACGUGGUAGAGGGGACGGCCCGCGCUCAGAUCAUCCGUACCACCAUGCACACCACAGGGAAGGUCGACAUGACCUAUAAAGACCUGAAGAUCAAUCAGAGUGAAGUCAUUCUGACCACGCCCACCACUGUCUUUCACAGGAUAGAGGCCGGAAGCCCUUUAUACAGUAUGGGUCUGGAGGACCUUCGAAAGGAUGAUUUUGAACUGGUCAUGUCCUUCACUUACACGGACGACUCCUCUGGCAUCCUGCAUCAGACCCGCACCUCCUACAUGCCUGAAGAAAUCUACUGGGGCCAGCUGUUCCAAGACAUGCUCCUGGUCAACAGGAAGUACUACAAGGUGGAUUACUCCAUGUUCCACCACACUGCUAAGGUCCUGGUGCCGGAGGUCAGCGCUGAGGAGUUUGACCGCAAGAAACUGAUAAAGCCUUCUCCGCGGGGUACUCCACUACACACCCCACGACAUUCACCCAGACCUUCACCCAGGCCCUCCCCUAGACCUUCACCCAGGCCCUCACCCAGACCUUCACCCAGGCCCUCACCUAGACCUUCACCACUGCCCUCCCGGUCAAACUUCCAGGAUCAGCAUUUGAAACCCCCCACGGUGACGGUGGAACUUGUGAACGGCAAUGUCACUGAAGCUGAGAUAGUUUCUUCCAGGACAACAGCUAAUGAGAAGCAACAGCCCCACGACACACUGUCCCCAACUAUUACCUUUACUGAAGACAGUUUGUAGAUUAUCUGUCAAGCGGUGCCAAUAAUUGCUAACAUUGACCCUUCAGAAACGUAGUCUAUACGUGCAGUCUACAAAUGGACAUUUCCCAAUAGAAACGUACAUACUGAAUUCACACUGUAACACAGGUAGAAACGCUGGCAUUCAAUUAGAGUAAGUCAAAAUGUAAUUCUUCUAAAUAUUAAAUAUACACUGUCAAGGAAUUCAUGUAAAUAACUGAAUGGCUCAAAAGUACAUUUCAAAAACCUUUCCGGGAUUCGAGGUAUGAUGAAAAAUUCAUUUUGUACAUUUGUCUCAUGUGUUGAGUCUAACAAAACUGUACAGAGAUAACUUGUUAUGACUAUUUUCUCUGUGUUGGUUUUAGCAUGUUCAAACAUUGUAUUGUACAAGAUGAGCUGGGAAAACGUUUAUCAUAUUAAAAUCCCCUUCUCCUGAA